AAAUGCUGACAAAGGCGGGGAAAAAAACCUUGAGAAGGGCAUUUAUCUGAAUGGAGGGCGGACAAAUGUUCAGCUGUACAGACAGGAAAUUAUGGAGGCGGUCUUAGACGGAGGUCUGUUCUAAGCGGGAAAGUGCUGUUGCUAAUGAUAUGACCCCUGACCUCACUGCCGAGAGCCGUACGUUUGAUACUGUCUUUGCUGCUGAGAGCAAUCAGGUGAACUGAGAGGAGGCAGAGGGAAGCAACACGCGAGGUCAGGCUUUUCCAAAAGCUCCGUGUUACCAUUCAUGAGACGGCCUCUCAGCCUCUCAGCCUCUCAGCCUCUCAGCCUCUCAGCCUCUGCCUUAAUGACAAAAAUGGCUUCCCCUUUUGUUUCAUGCGCCACAUGCACAUUCAGCUGUUAUUAGCAGACCGUAGCACAGACUAACCUGAGUGCACAGAUCCGGUGCUCUCACGUCUACCUGUUAUAUUCCCGUCACACAAACAGUGAGCUAUUGUCUCUCGCCCGCCCCUGGAGUGAUUAAGACGUAAGGCGCUGCAGGGGGUUGGCCCGUGGUUAAAGGAGCAUAGAAUCCUAAGAGGCUGACACACGCCGACACACACACAAACCCGCAGACACAGGCACAGCAGGGGUUUGGCACGGUAUCUUAUCCCAGCCAUUGAGGCUAAUAUCUGUGAACGGGGCAUGCUGGCAGUUUUAAAUCUUCAAGUGCCCUCAGGAACUUCCAAGCAUAUACACGUUUGCGAGAGAAAUGAAAAAAAAAAAGUAUCUAAGUGCUUUCUCUGGAGUGUCGUCAUCCGAGAGUCACGCAACAGUAAUGCUUUCAGGAGAGCAUCUGUGUCGAAAGCACGCACUGUGAUGCUGCCCUCUGCCUUCAGUUUCCCUGCUACGCUGCAGUUGCAGAAACACGACUCAGUGCUGCAAGCAGCCGUUAAAGUCGAAAGAAGAAGAAGAACAGUGAGCGCGGUGUUGGAUGUCUAGUUAUGGUCUGCCGACUCACAGUGGGGGCUGACUAUUGUUAUUAAUUUAUUUCUUUGUUUUUCUUUUAGUGUUCUGGAACACAACCGCAGGUUUGCUUGAGGCAAGAAAGUAGAAGUAAAAGUUGUUGAAACAGGGUCUAAUGUAAAAGUUAUACUAGAAAUAGUGGAAACAUGCAAAAAAAAAUUAUAUUCAAAUAUAUAUACUUUAUAUACAAAUAGUGCAGGAAUUAUACAAAUAUUUAAAUACCUGAGAAUAUCCAGGAAGUUUAAUCAACAAUAUCUUCUACCAAAUAUAUAAUAAUAAAUAAAAAUUCCUGUUGAACGGAGGACUAAAUCGACACCCACAGUUUUUUUUUAGUUUCAUUGUAAUGAUAACAAUGAGCUACUGUUUGUUGUUGCUCACUAAAAAUGCCACACAUUCAGUGCAGAAAACGGACUCUCCCGCAGCAACAAACCUGCUGAAGGCUGGAUUUUAUUUAUUUAAACCUCCCUUAAAAUUCUCAUGGCUUUUUUAAAGUGACGCUUUAGCCGAGGCUCGUGAUUCUCACACAGACAAAAAAAAAAACAUAAGCCAAAAAGUAUGUAUCAUCAGAUUGUCUGUUUUUCCUUCGUCCAUCUUGGCUGCUCAGCUGCCUUUCACUUUCUCUGGUGAAGAUGUCCUGCAGCCCUCUGUAUCAACCAUCUUGGUCAGCUAUCUGAUGGCGAACGCUGUGUCUGACAGGUUCAGCCGUCUAAUGAUAUCUACACUUGAGUGCCCACCUGUGCUUGGCCUUCAUGCAUGUGAUGCCAUAUUGAUUUUUAUUCUGGUUCUCUUGCUAUAGAGGGACUUUAUGACACGUGCCAUAUCAAACUUUAGCACGCGUCAUCACUUGCCAUGCAGGUGAGAGUUAGUUACCGCAGUUAGCAGCAGCAGCAGCUCGGCCGUAUUGUGGAGAAUUAUUGGUCAUUCCGUGUUAGCAGUGUGUGUUUACACACUCGGCCGGUGAGUUUUAUGUCACUGCAACAUUCAAACUGAAGAUGCUGACACAUCAUUUCCAUCUGUAAUGGAGAUAAAGACUGUGGCUUUCUGCUGUAACUGGCCUUUGUGUUGCUCAGUGGGCCUGUCAGGGUCUUUAAAAUUUCAACAUAUCCAGCUGCCAUCAGGCUUUAGUGAGUCAGAAACAUGAGUUUUUAAAAUGAUCGCACAAUGGACCAGCCUUUUUUUCCAGCUUCACUAUCUUGAUUUGAAAAAUAGAAAUAAAUCAUGUGGAAUAUUUGGGCACGCAUUUAAAGUUCCCCAGAGUUCAGUUAACCUUCUCUCCAUUUGUAAACCUAGAACUUACCUCAUUUGAAUUAUUCAGGUAUCAUUGGACGGUAUCACUCGGCUAUUUUCCCACUGCAGACAUUAGCAUCGAUGCUCAUCUGCAGCGCUCCUCGUAUCUCUGUCCAGGCAUAUGCACUACUCUUAUGUUGUUAUGUUUCACUGCAUUUUCCACUGCUGUUCACAAAUGUGACUAAGGUGCUAAAUUUAGCACGUACGCCCAUUCUGCUUGAGGCUGAAAAAAAAUAGGAGCGUAUUUCACAUUUAACCAGGGACGCAGAAGGCCAGUGUCAUUCUUCUGAAUUGUUAUUGCUGAUUUUGGUUUUUAAUUAAUUUUUGUACUAAUGAUGGCACAGCAAAUAAAGACAGCGCAGUUGAGUGAUAGCUGAUAUGCCAGUGGUCAUUACCAGUUAUGCAUUUAAGCCAGGGUUCUUCCCUUUUUCUCUCUGGCUCUAAUGAUGUUGUCAGGAAAGUCUGCGGCUGAUUGCACACCUCAACAUUCAGAGCUGCAAAUAUGGUGAGCGGGAGAAACUAUUAAAAGUCUCCAUGUGUUGUCAAAGGGUUUGUGUAGGCGCUCAGCAAAGGUUACGGCACACUUGUAAACGCACAUUCCUGCACCAUAUGUUUUUCUUCAGCUUUGCUUCUGAAAAAAAAAAAAAAGAAGUGCUAUCUGAAAGUCCCUGCAUGCCAAUCAGCAGAAGCAGAACAAUUUUCACUUCAAGCUCGUCCUGCUUAUUAAAAUGAUCACGACUCAACUGUUUUUUUCUGUUCUCCAUAUUAAAUAAUGCAGCUUUUUGAAAUGUUUUUGAUAUGAUUUUGAGGCUGAAUAUAAAAAUAAAGGCAAACUAAUCACAUAUGAAAACCUGGCAGUGGAAUGUCUGAUCAUGUGACCUGACACGUGUAAGGGUAUAUUGAUGAGUUCUAAGACAAAUUGGAGCGAGUCCCUAUUUAUAGAGAUAACAAAGUCAUUUCUUCACUUGUCCUCCAUUUAAGUUUUCACACUUCUGCAAGUGGUGUUUUCAUCAGAUACGAAUUCUGGUGUGUGUCGCUAACACCUCCCUGGUUCUUGACUUUGACUAGCGACCAAAAUCAGGUUCCUUCAAAUGAUACAGGAAAAGAUAAAAACAAGUUGAAGUUUGGUUUCAAAUAUGACGUUUUCAGAGUUUAAAAAGCACUGAUGAAACAGAACGUAAUGCAGCUCGACUCUCAACAACGACGCGGCGAUGAAACUUGUAAAAAGCUGUUUAGACCCUAAGGAGUGUAACAAGUUAUUAAAAUCAGACAUCUUUGGAUAUAACACCUUCUAGAUGUGUCUUAGGACUUCUGAUUUUACCCUUGUUUUUUUUAGUCUUUCUGGCAUUUAGAGAGAGUCAGAGAUCUCUUAUUCACACAUACUCUCCUCCUUCCUCCAGAUCUGCUGGUAAAACACUCGAUGCCUCUGCCUUUGUCUGCAUCUCUUCAGUAGCAGCUGUUAGUGAAGAGAUACCACCUACAGAUUUCAUUAAACACACACACACACACACACUGCAGUUUAAAAGCACAUUUGGAGCGAGCGGCAGCCUACGUUCACCGGAGUUUGUCACAAACACCGUCUCUGCUGUUUUAUCUGAUCACGUCACUUGCGCUGCACCUGGCUGUUUUGGUGUAAAACUCUAAUGUGGAUGUUUACCUUUCGUCAGUCAACCACACACUGAGAUCAGAUUGUCGAACACAACAAGUCAGUUUCAUGCCUGGAGCAAGGCAUGCUGGGAUGCUGAGACGCGCGGCAUUGGCUGGAUGACAGCCGAACGUACAGGGAUUUAAGGGGCUGCUAUAUCCUGUAAUUGCGGUAAAUCUAAUUUGGAUGUAUGGAUCGUGGCGCUUUUUUAAUGCAGAGCGAAUGUAAUAUGUCUCUUAUGAGAUUUUCCACAGUCUUGUUUUCACCGCUGUGGUUGCUGCCGUGUCUCAUCUUUUUUCUUCUUUUGCCUCAGACAUUCCUUACAUUCUCACAUGGUAAUAUGUCCAUAACCCUUAACUAAACAAGGAAUGUAAAAAAAAAUGUUACCCAUUUAUUCACCACAAAUAUCAAAUAUGUAACUCUGACAUAAAAAUGAUCCGAAAAAUGCACUCAUUUUGCUUUGUUUUUAAAAAAAUGAUUUUUCAGACUCAAUUUAACUCGGGCCUAACUGUUCUCUUUCCAUCCUCAAGGCAAAAGUAUGGAACAACUUUUACAGGCAGAAGUUGCACUUUCCAAUCACAACUAGGGAAUGAAGUUUUGGACAUGCCUGGAGUGAUUUCUGAACAUCCAAGCGAAGAGCGAACGGGGUCACCAACCUGCCUGCCCCUGUUGUUCCCUCUGAGACGAAGAGGAAGUGAUGUCACGCCACCACCACCGCUUUGAGAGGGACUAUCGUGGACCCUGGGAGCGGAGAGACAUCCGUCCUUCUGGCCUCCACAAUGGAGGAGCCAAUCAUAGCUGUGCCUCUGCUGUUGUCAAUGGCAACAACCGUCCGGGACUUCUCCCACUUCCAGUCAUUCCCUCCCUCCUCCCCACCCCGGUUACAGUUGCCGUGACAACAUCCAGCAGCGACAUAGCGGUCAAGCGAGGCAUCACGGCGGCAGGAUCAGUGGCUUCAGCAUCGGCAAAGGUCUCGGGUUUGUCACCUGGAGACAACCAGACCCCAGGACUGCUGCUGGCUCCAGGGGUGAGAUGGGGGCAGACGCCCAUCAACCAGCUCACACCGUGGGAUACAGAUGAGCCACCUGCCAAGCAGCAUCGAGACAGCGAACCCACUGGUCCUGGGACAUGGGCUGCACCAGUAGCAGUGGUGAGCCAGCCUAGCCUCCUGCCCCACACUUACGCCAUCCCUCAGCCGCCUUCUUUCAACCACAGUGUGACUGCACAGUCACCCAUCAUAGGUGUUACACCGUCCAUCCAGACAUCUGUGCACCCACAACACUCUCUCAUGACAGCUCACUUCCAGCUGACGACACAGUCUACACAGCAACCACCUACAAUGGUACUGAGCCUGCCUAGCCAGCCUCCGUACCACUCAGCUCAGCCCACCGUCGCACAGACUGUCCUUACUGCCCAGGCCAGUCACGUGGUUCAUCAAAGCCCCCAUAGCGUAAUGGGUAACGGUCAUCUAACCUCUCACCCUGGUCUCGUCCAGCCCCAUACCCUGCCUCUGACUAAUGGACAAGCAGCAGCAGCAGUGGCCGCAGGACAGAUUCAGUCCACAACUGCAGACAAUCAGGAUGGUCCUAAUGGGCUUCAGAUGCUGCGGACAGUCGGGAUGGGAAAGUACGAGUUCAGUGACCCGGGACACCCGAAAGAGAUGUUGAAGGAGUUGAACCAACAACGCAGAGCGAAAGAGUUUACAGACCUGAAAAUUAUUGUUGAAGGCAAAGAGUUUGAAGUCCACCAAAAUGUUCUAGCUUCCUGCAGCUUGUAUUUCAAGGACCUGGUGAAAAGGUCCUCAGGGGAGACGCGGAGCGGCGAGAUGCUGGAGCUGAACAUGAGCAACAUCAGCGCCGACGUGCUGGAGCUGCUGCUGGAGUUCGUCUACACGGGAUCGCUGGUCAUCGACUCGGCCAACGCCAAAACGCUGCUGGAGGCCGCCAACAAGUUCCAGUUCAACACCUUCUGUAAAGUCUGUGUGUCCUUUCUAGAGAAACAGUUGACGGCCGCUAAUUGUCUCGGAGUGCUAGCGAUGGCUGAAGCCAUGAGUUGCACGGAGCUGCACAACAUGGCAAAGGCAUUUGCAUUGCAGAACUUCCCUGAGGUGGCAGGACAAGAGGAGAUCCUGAGUGUUUCCAAGGAGGACUUGCUGUCCUACCUGUCCAACGACAGUCUAAACACGAAAGCUGAGGAGCUGGUCUACGAGACGGUCAUCAAAUGGAUCAAACAAGACCCCAGCUCCAGAGUCCAGCACAUGUCGGAGCUGCUGGCUGUGGUGCGUCUUCCCUUCAUCCACCCGUCCUACCUCCUGAACGUGGUGGACAACGACGAGCUGAUCAAAUCGUCCGAGGCGUGUCGUGAUCUGGUCAACGAAGCCAAGCGCUACCACAUGCUGCCGCACGCAAGACAAGAGAUGCAGACGCCGAGGACUCGGCCGAGACUCUCUGCAGGUGUAGCCGAGGUGAUAGUGUUGGUGGGAGGGCGUCAGGCCAUCGGGAUGAACCAGCGCUCCCUGACAGCAGUCACCUGUUUUAACCCUCAGAACAGUAAGUGGUAUCCGCUGGCCAGCCUGCCGUUCUAUGACCGGGAGUUCUUCAGCGUCAUCUCAGCAGGAGACAACAUCUACCUGUCAGGUGGCACAGAGUCGGGCGUGAUGCUGGCUGACGUCUGGUGUUACAUGUCCUUAUUGGACAACUGGAACCUGGUGUCCCGCAUGACGGUGCCUCGCUGCAAACACAACAGCCUGGUGUAUGACGGCAAACUCUAUGCCAUCGGAGGACUGGGCGUAUCAGGAAACCUGGACCACGUAGAAAGGUACGAUACCAUCACCAAUCAGUGGGAAACUGUGUCUCCUCUGCCCAAGCCGGUCCACUCUGCGGCGGCCACGGUGUGCGGUGGAAAGGUGUACGUGUUCGGAGGCGUGAACGAGGCCGGGCGCUCGGCCGGUGUCCUGCAGUCCUACGUACCGCAGAGCAACAGCUGGAGUUUUAUUGAAUCUCCCAUGAUAGAUAACAAAUACGCCCCCGCAGUGAGUCUUAACGGCUUCAUAUUCAUCCUGGGAGGAGCCUACGCUAGAGCUACGACUAUCUAUGAUCCCGACAAAGGAAACAUCAAGGCUGGUCCCAACAUGAAUCACUCUCGGCAGUUCUGCAGUGCUGUGAUUCUGGAUGGGAAGAUCUAUGCCACAGGAGGCACCGUAAGCAGCGAGGGUCCAGUCCUGGGAAAUAUGGAAACGUUUGACCCUUGUACCAACACUUGGACACUCCUGCAAUCGCUGCCGUGCCCACUCUUCAGACACGGUUGUGUCGUCAUCAAAAAGUACAUCCAGAGUGGCUGAGGGCGGCCGGGACCUGUUCACAAAGUCGACACCAAACACCAGCUGGACUGCGGUUGUAGGACGAGUUUCAACAGCAGCCUCAGGCCAGUUGUAGUCAGUCCAUCAGCCAGUGACCACUGGGCGCCAGCAUCCUUCCAUCCCAUCACCUGCCCCACUCCCUGAAAAGCCCUGUGCAGAAUGUACCCAUGUUUCACUACUCGGCCAUGUCAGGUAGCAAUGCCUAACCUCCAGUACUGUAUGUGUCAUGGUAGUAGUUCAUCUUCUCGUUCAACAGGCACAGGGAACCGAUUAAUCUGCAACCUCCUGGUUUGUGUGGUUUUUUUUUUUUAUCUAUCUAUCCUCUGUUUCCUGAUGUCCAUUUAUUAUGUUCCUUUAAAAGUGCAGUUAAAGCCAGUGCAGGUCCAGAUUGUCCUUUUUCAAAUUGUGUUUCAGCUCUAUCGUUAACUAGUGAGUACAAUUUCCUUUUGGUGUUCUAACUUUUGGAAACUCUGACCAAGAUAAAAUGGUAAUCUUCUGCACGGAACAUUUUCAUUAGCAAGCGAGAGACCGAGAGAGAGAAUUCUUUAUAUCCACUGAUGUCUGAUCAGAUGUUUAAAGUUGCGCAGUUCCUCCAGAUAAAAGCACAAUAAUCAACUGUGACUCUUAAAAUGUAUUUCUUAAUCCAUGUUUUUGGGCCCCAUCUGUCUAUUUGCAUUUUCUUCUUCUGCCUUUUUUCUGUUCUACCAUGUUUUAUGUUCAACCCACAAAGAUGCUGGGUUGGUAUUCUGUAAAUACAGGAAGGAAAUAUGUAUAUUUUAAAAACUUGAAGGCAAUUCUGUAUAAAUGUUUUUAGAGGAAAAAAAACAACUGAUAGGUUGGACUCAAAGGUUUGUCUGUAAAUCUGUACCCAAACAAAUUGUUAUUAUUAAAAACCUAACACAUAAAUGAGAA